AUGUCGGCACCUUCCUCGAGCCAGCAGCAGCGCAACUUUGACUUCACCUAUGGCAACGAGCACGCCAGGGCCAUCGUUCGUACCCACAACGCACGGCUCACCGAGCGGGCCUUCGAGUACAUAGCACAGCGGACAUCAUUGGAGCGAGCAGCACUUCGUGGUCUUCGGAGCACCUUCCCGGGCCUCAGUUCGGACGACCUCGUGCAGAAGUGGAUUGAUCGGCUCACCGGGGCAUCGGCCACCGAUGUGCCGGACCCCACAGGCGACGUCGUCGAAGCCAAGGCAGUGGACACCAUGAAGCACGCCGAGGUGUACCUGGACCUCCUCAAGCACGCCGAGGACAACAACCCGGCAGAAAACUGCCUUGAUUGCACGUUCUGCGGGGCAUGGUUUCCGCCAUACUGGUUGCUGGACAUAACCCCAGAAGGAACAGCAGAUUGGCGCAAUCAUUAUUACAGAUGCUGCUUCCAGUGCAUCAACGCGGACAACGACGACUAUUAUUGGUUCACCGCGCAUACCUCAUUGUCACCUGCGCUCCCCAACAGACCGGGCACCGCGGUGAGCCCCAAUCGCACCGUUUACAGACACCAGGACCGCGCAUCAGUGGCCAAUCAGGACGCAGACUAUGAGACGUACCCCAAGCGCUGGGUCAUCGCCUUGGACGAGAACAACCAGCACCAGCGCAAGUUGUACAUCGAGGCCACGUGGUCGGACAACAAAUUCCGGUGGGUGCGCCACGUCGUCCUACCCCGCACCAACAACCCCAAUCAGGCCACAACGCUGGAUGUGGACACCUUCUACAAGCUCUGCCAGAAAGUCAUCACUAUCAGACGCCGUGAAGCAGGGGAGCAACAUCGUCUGCGGAACACCUAUUGGACAGCUGCAUCCGAGCAGAUUCAUCAAGAACACCCGGGGCUCAACAAGGCAGAAGUUCGUGCACAGGUGCGAGCACGCAUCUUGGCCCUCGUUGACCGCUUCACCGUGGACACCAUCAAGUCGGCCCUGGACCCGGAUUGGGAUCGCCAUGCCUUCUUCCAGCGCAUCGAGGCGGACAACCACCUCACCGAGUGGGCCUCGAAGAUCACCGACACCAUGCAGCAACACUACAUAUGCCGGAAGAUCGGCUGCCAGGCCGUGGUGGACAACAAGCACUGGCUUCGGAAGAUAUCACCGCUCGCCCCCAUCAAGGAUCAACAUGGACAGUGCAACUGUCCACAUUGCCUCAACGCCUACCGCCCAUGGAUUCAGCAGUCCGACCUCGUCCCGGCACAGAAGGCGCUCAUCGUGGCCGCACCUGACACCACGGACCUGGCAACAUCCACAAGGGCACAGCAGCUGCAGGUGCACCAGCCAAGCCAGGGCGCUAACACCAGCUACUUCCUCUACCUCACGGAGUGGGAGAAGAAGGACGAGGAUCGCCUGUUGCAGCAGCUCAAGCUGGCAAUCCUCAACAUCCAGCAGGAGAUCACCGACCGCGACGACUUCAACCAAUUCAUCACGGAGGCCCUCAAGGACGUCGCGAACAACAAGAACCAGCUGCUGCCCUACUUCGUCCGCAAGACAUGGCCCAGGAACAGCGUCCUGGAGAUCAACACGCGCAACGUCAGUGGGGCGAACCCACCAUACCGUUUGGACCUCCUUCCCACAUCCAGGUACCCCGACAAGUUCUUUAGGGAGGAGUUCAACAGCCACGACACCGCGCGCAACUAUGGCCUUGUUGAGUACCUCAACGACCCGCCGUACUAUGACAUGACCACGUACACCUAUGAAGCCGGAGUCACCCAGAUCUUGACGCAGAAGGACUUCUGCACGUUUUUGGGGCUCACCUACUUGCGCCUCCGCCUCACCGAGGACCAUGCGGCGGGCAGACUCCGGAGCGCCACCAAGCGGAGCGCAUCAGCAAUGGAGACCUGA